UCGUGAUGUGUCUCGCCCUGGCAACCAGGGUGCCAUCCGUACGAGAGAGGGAAGGGAGCUGGGAGACGUACGAGGGGGGGAUCCUGUAUAAGGGGCUGCACCUCUCUAUAACACCUAUCCACAGCCCGAGGGCCACCAUGAGUCACCAAUAUAUAGGACCCUUGUCGGGAUAUAACAGCCUCACAGACAAGCACCUCACUGGAUACUUCAACAACACCCGGAUAAGGAAACAUCUCCAGAGAGCCGGACUGCACCUCCGGACCCACAGGCAUCAGGACUCCACAUUGCCACAGUGACAGAACGCUAGCCUCCACAGUACAAGCUAGAUCACAAGAAGUGGGAGAAUACUGACCGAAAAGGAAUACCGCAUCAACGCCAUGAGAAGGGACCAUCAGAAAUACAUCAGAGAAUGUCUGGCCCAGGCUAUAUUUCACAAGGUCCUCGAUAUGGAGCGACGUCACCAAAUUGACAUUAAGCGAAAACUGGAAACGUUUGCCAGAAAACAGCGAGUGCAAAGACUUAAGGUUGAUCACACUAAGAGGGAUGAACAAGAGACGUUCCCGGCCUUCUCCCCUCGCCCUCCUACAGGACCGAAAAGCGGCUUCAACAGGCGUCCUGGAAAUCAUGAACGUUACGAUUCUUCUGAUUCUGCCUCAUCCCUUCGCCCAAACACAGCCCCAGGGAACAUGCAGCGUCCAGUUCGCCUACAGCCACUACCGGUAUACUCGUCUUCAGGGAAUGUACCGAAAAUAUCUACGGUUCCCAGACAAAAACACUCCGCUGAUGAAGAAGAGCAGCGCUUUACCAGCACAACAGAUAAGGAGAUCAUGAGGAUCAUGCACACCACAGACCUCUCGGUGGGAAUAUCACCGUAUCGCCUUCCUAUCAUUAACAAUUUUGUCAUACCUGUUCCGCCACCUCCCCAGAAGCACCCAAAACAGACAAUGAGCACAUCCUCCAGAGGGAGGCGAUACCGUCCCACCACCGCACCAAACGGGCCUGAAGUCCCUGUAAAGGACACUGGGAAAUUUCAUAAAACGUCCUUGCACAGUAAUGUGAAGAUUACCAUGGUUUACCUAGGCAAAAACGUGCAUUUAUCACACGAAAACAGCGACUACAGGGACGAGAUCAGAGUCUUUCAGCAGCAUUGUGGGGGCGAGAACCUCUGCGUCUAUAAAGGAAGACUCCUGGAAGAAGAGAGCUUCACCUUGGUCUCCAGACGUCACCGCGGUUUUCCAUUCAGCCUAACUUUUUACAUUAAUGGGAUCCAGGUGGACCGGCUAAGCUCUUGUUGUGAAUUUAAACAUCGAAAGGGAGUGCGGCUCGGGGGCAAAAAUGCAUAUUUUGGAUUCAUCAAUAUUGAGGGAGCUUCUCCUUGUUACAGGUGCAUCAUUUCAAUGGGCCUGGAUAAAAAGCCAUCUCCUCCACCAAAGAGUAAGGCAAAGAAAAAAGACAGUGAGGAGGAGAGCGAUGAAGACCAUAAAGAUAAAGAAGAGAUGGAGGAGGAGGUCAGCGAGAGGAGGUUCUAUGACGAAGUGGAUAACAAACUAGGAAAGACAAGCUCAGUUUGUGAUGACGAUGACGAUGAAGUUCAGAAGAUGGAGGAUAAAUCAGCCAUGGACUGUGAGGAGGAGGAGGAAGAAAAAGAGGAGAAUAAGGAUUGUAAGACAGAUGAAUAUGAAGCCGAUGACGAAGCUAAAGAUGACUAUGAUGAAGAUUUUGAAGUGGAGGAAUACAAACCUGAUGAGAAACAUAAUGAAGAAGGACAGGUUGAUGAUCAAGUGAAUGAAAAGUCAAAGUCACCCUCGGAUGAUGAAAAAGAUGAUUUAAACCAGGAGCGGAGAAGUAGCACACCAUCAAACGCCGCGCCAGGGGCUUCUGACAGAGAGAGAGAUGAAAGGGACGGGCGUCGUGACAGCGACGAUGAGGAGGGUAAACAAGGAAAACAUAGCAUAGCUGACGAGGAAAUGAACUCGGCUGCCAGAAAAAUCCAGACUCUCUAUAGAGAACGGAGAGUACAAAAGCCGAACAAUCCCAGGAAGAAAGAUAGGAAACGCACAGACUCCUUUUCGUCUAGCAGUUCAAUAGAUAGCCCCUCAAGUGAAGAAAGUUCCGAUCAUGAGGACCAUGAAGCUGAAAGCGACCAGGAGAAGGAAAUUAAGGAAACCAAACAAGAAGUGGACAACCAUGAUUUAGACAAGGAUCGUGAGGCGGAAGAACCGGAAGAGGUAGACAAGGAAUUGCUGGAGACACAUGUUGAGGAACUUGAGAACAUUGAAGGCCAUGAAGUUGUAGAUGAACCACUGUCCGAGGACAGGAAAACAGACUGUGUGAGUCCUGAUAAUGGGCAGGUAAAUGAUGGUGAAACUUUAGGUCACAUGGAUGAGGAGGACAAGUCUGAGGUAGAAGAUGACUCAGAGUGUAGACACAGCAGUGAUGAGGAGGGUGACUGCAAAUCAGUCCAGGAAAAGAUAGCGGAGGCCAUUGACAACAAGCAAAGCCUGGAUUCCGAUCCCGAACCCAGUACCGACUCCAGCACGGAUGAAGAGGACAACUUUAAAGGCAUACUGACACACUUAAGGGACACUGCGGUAGAAAAUCCCCCCCAUGAUGAAUUGGAGCAAAUAGGAAAUUUGGAUUUUGUAUCACAUGAAGAGUUACUGAAAGAAAGUACAUCGGAGAGAGUGGGAGCCAUAAACCACCAAAAUGCACCUGAUGAAGAGAAUGUUAUGAAUGAAGAGGAGGCACAAGAUGGGAUAAUUGAGGAGACAUGUGAACCUGAAAGUAUUAUUGAUGAAAAGGAAGAUGCUCCUGGUGAUGGGACUGCUGAGAAUGAAGAUGCACCUGGUGAUGGGACUGCUGAGAAUGAUGAUGCACCUGGUGAUGGAACUGCUGAGAAUGAAGAUUCACCAGAUGAUGGGACUGCUGCGAAUGAUAAUGCUGGUGAUGGAACUGCUGAGAAUGAUGAUGCACCUGGUGAUGUGACUGCUGAAAAUGAUGAUGCACCUGGUGAUGUGACUGCUGAGAAUGAUGAUGCACCUGGUGAUGUGACUGCUGAGAAUGAUGAUGCACCUGGUGAUGUGACUGCUGAGAAUGAAGAUGCACCUGGUGAUGUGACUGCUGAGAAUGAUAAUGCACCUGGUGACGGGACUGCUGAGAAUGAACAUGCACCUGGUGAUGAAACUGCUAAAAAUGAAGAUGCACCUGGUGAUGAAACUGCUGAGAAUGAAGAUGCAUCUUCUGAGGCUAAGACUAAAGAAGCACCUGGUGAUGUAGCUGCUAAUAAUGAAGAUGCACCUGGUGAUGAAACUGCUGAGAAUGAAGAUGUGCCUGGUGAUGAAACUGCUGAGAAUGAAGAUGCACCUGGUGAUGAAACUGCUGAGAAUGAAGAUGCACCUGGUGAUGGGACUGCUGAGAAUGAAGAUGCACUUACUGAAGCUAAGACUGAAGAUGCACCUAGUGAUGUGACUGCUGAGAAUGAACAUGCACACACUGAGGUGACUGCUGAGAAUGAAGAUUCACCUGGUGAUAAGGCCACUGAUAAAGAAGAUACACCUGCUGAGGUGACUGCUGAGAAUGCUGAUACAUCUGGAGAGGUGACUGCUGAGAAUGCUGAUACAUCUGGAGAGGUGACUGCUGAGAAUGCUGAUACAUCUGGAGAGGUGACUGCUGAGAAUGCUGAUACAUCUGGAGAGGUGACUGCUGAGAAUGCUGAUACAUCUGGAGAGGUGACUGCUGAGAUUGCUGAUACAUCUGGAGAGGUGACAUCUGAGAAUGCUGAUACAUCUAUAGAGGUGACUGCUGAGAAUGCUGAUACAUCUGGAGAGGUGACAUCUGAGAAUGCUGAUACAUCUAUAGAGGUGACUGCUGAGAAUGCUGAUACAUCUGGAGAGGUGACAGCUGGGGCUGAGAGUACAGAUGCACCUGGUGAGGUGACAGUUGAGAAUGAAGAUCCCACUGGAGAGGUGAAAGUGGAGACUGAGAAUGAAGAUAUACCUGGGGAUGAGGCUGCUAAAAAUGAAGCUUCAACUGCUGAGGUGACUAUUGAGAAUGAAGAUGCAUCUGGAGAGGUGAAUGCUGAGGCUGAGAAAAUUGAUGCAAUAACAAUGGAAAAAGUAGAUGAGGUAACAAUGGAAAAAGUAGGUGCACCUGCUGAGGCUGGGAAUAAAGAUGCACCUGGUGAUGUGACUGCUGAGAAUGAUGGUGUACCUGCUGAGAAGGAAGAUGCAACUGGUGAUGUGACUGCUGAGAAGGAAGAUGCACCUGGUGAUGUGACUGCUGAGAAUGAAGAUGCACCUGGUGAUGUGACUGCUGAGAAUGAAGGUGUACCUGCUGAGGUGACUACUGAGAAUGAAGAUGCACCUGCUGAGGUGACUACUGAGAAUGAAGGUGUACCUGCUGAGGUGACUACUGAGAAUGAAGAUGCAACUGGUGAUGUGACUACUGAGAAUGAAGGUGUACCUGCUGAGGUGACUACUGAGAAUGAAGAUGCACCUGGUAAUGUGACUGCUGAGAAUGAAGGUGCACCUGGUGAUGUGACUGCUGAGAAUGAAGGUGUACCUGCUGAGGUGACUACUGAGAAUGAAGAUGCACCUGGUGAUGUGACUGCUAAGAAUGAAGGUGUACCCGCUGAGGUGACUACUGAUAAUGAAGAUGCAACUGGUGAUGGAACUGCUGAGAAUGAAGAUGCACCUGGUGAUGGGACUGCUGAGACUGAAGAUUCACCUGGAGAGGUGGCUGCUGAGGCUGAGAGUGAAGAUGCGCCUGGUGAUAGAACUGCUGAGAAUGAAGAUGCACCUGCUGAGGUGAUAACCGAGAAUGAAGAUGCGCUUGGUGAUGUGACUGCUGAGAAUGAGAAUCCACCUGGAAAUGGAACUGCUGAAACUGAAAAUGCGCCCGCCGAGGUGACUGGUGAUAAUAAGGAUGCAUCUACUGAGGCGACUGGUGAUAAUAAGGAUGCAUCUACUGAGGCGACUGGUGAUAAUAAGGAUGCACCUUCUCAGGUGACUGGUGAGAAUAAAGAGGCACCUGGUGAUGAUACUAAAGAGAACAAAGAUGCAACAGAUGAUGGGGCUGCUGAGAAUAAGGAUGAACCUGGUGAUGAAACUGCUGAGAAUGAAGAUGCACCUGGUGAUGGGACUGCUGAAAGUGAAGAUGCACCUGGUGAUGGGACUGCUGAGAAUGAAGAUCCACCUGGUUAUGGGACCGCUGAAAGUGAAGAUCCACCUGGUGAUGGGACUGCUGAGAAGGAAGAUUCACUUGGUGAUGGGACUGCUGAGAAUGAAGAUGCACCCAGUGAUGUGACUGCUGAGAAGGAAGAUGCACCUGGUAAUGCUGCUGCUGAGAAUAAAAAUGCAACUGGUGAUGGGACUGCUGAGAAUGAAGCUGGACCUGGUGAUAUGACAACUGAGAAGCAAGAUGCUUCUGAUGAUGGGACUGCUGAGAACAAAAAUGCUCCUGGUGAUGGGACUGCUGAGAAGGAAGAUGCUCCUGGUGAUGGGACUGCUGAGAAGGAAGAUGCACCUGGUGAUGGGACUACUGAGAAUGAAAAUGCUCCUGGUGAUGGGACUGCUGAGAAGGAAGAUUCACCUGGUGAUGGGACUGCUGAGAAGGAAGAUGCUCCUGGUGAUGGGACUACUGAGAAGGAAGGUGCACCUGGUGAUGGGACUGCUGAGAAGGAAGAUGCUCCUGGUGAUGGGACUGCUGAGAAAGAAGAUGCUCCUGGUGAUGGGACUGCUGAGAAGGAAGAUGCACCUGGUGAUGGGACUGCUGAGAAGGAAGGUGCACCUGAUGAUGGGACUGCUGAGAAGGAAGAUGCACCUGAUGAUGGGACUGCUGAAGAUGCUCCUGGGGAUGACAUUGCUGAGAAUAAAGCUGCAUCAGGAGAUGAUGGUGGAAUCACAGAAGAUGUUGGCUCUGAGCACACAAUCACUUUAGUAGAAGCUAUAAGUAAUAAAGAUGAUGAUGUAAAAUCAUCAAGUGAUGAACCUAAGGAGAAUGAGAUACAUGACCUACCUCAAGAGGAAACCACAGAUAAAGCUGAGGAACCUACACCUCUUACCCCACUAGAGCCAGAGAAGACAAGCUGAGGAACGAUAGAACAACGACGAGGACAGCAAGGUGGGAAGAAUUUCAAAGAAGCAAAAACCAUUGGAUUAAAGACAGAAAAGAACGGAAGAUUCUGAGGAUUUUCUAAUCAUAAAAUAAACUUUUCGAAAGGGAGAAGCACAAUCAGGAAUAUAUCUAUUUUUGCUAUAUAUAUAUUUAUAGAUCGCUCUGUGUACUGGGAAAUUAUAUAUUCUAAUUUCACUGUCUUUGUAUGAAAGCUCAGACCUAAAGCGCAGCACUUUCUACUUGUUUACAGAUCAUCAUGUGUUUUUUUAUUUUACGUCAUAUUAUAUCAGGGUAAAAAAAUGAAUUACUUGUUGCAGUAUUUAAUAAAUAUAUAUUAUCAAGAUAUUACAUAUAUGUUCUCUCUGUAUGGCAGAAUGAUAGAGUAAUGUUCCUUUAAUCCAGCAUUUAAUAAUCCAGAAUGUCACAAGAUCAGAAGCGGCAAAACUUUAACAAUUAUGAUGAUAAUGGUGGAUUGGUGCAAACAUUUUAUAAUACUGCUCCUAUGUACAAGACUAUAACUACUAUAAUACUGCUCCUAUAUAUAAGAAUAUAACUACUAUAAUACCGCUCCUAUAUACAAGAAUAUAACUACUAUAAUACUGCUCCUAUAUACAAGAAUAUAACUACUAUAAUACUGCUCCUAUAUACAGGAAUAUAACUACUAUAAUACUGCUCCUAUAUACAAGAAUAUAACUACUAUAAUACUGCUCCUAUAUACAAGAAUAUAACUACUAUAAUACUGCUCCUUUAUACAAGAAUAUAACUACUAUAAUACUGCUCCUAUAAUACUGCUCCUAUAUACAAGAAUAUAACUACUAUAAUACUGCUCCUAUAUACAAGCAUAUAACUACUAUAAUACUGCCCCUAUAUACAAGAAUAUAACUACUAUAAUACUGCUCCUAUAUACA